AGAUCCUCUAAAUUGGACUAGAUAGCCAUGUCUUUUAAUCCAGCAUGUGAACGCCCACCAAGACCUCCCAUGGCUAUCCCGCCAGCCUACGUGGACCUCGGCAAAUCUGCCAGAGAUGUCUUCAACAAAGGAUUUGGUUUUGGCCUUGUGAAGUUGGAUGUGAAAACGAAAUCUGCAAGUGGAGUGGAGUUCGCAACAGCUGGCUCAUCAAACACAGACACGGGGAAAGUGAAUGGGAGUUUGGAGACCAAAUACAAGUGGACUGAAUACGGUGUGACUUUUACAGAAAAAUGGAACACAGAUAACACUCUGGGAACAGAAAUGGCCAUCGAAGAUCAGAUUGCCAAAGGUUUGAAGUUGACAUUUGACACGACCUUCUCACCAAACACAGGGAAGAAGAGCGGCAAGAUCAAGUCUGCCUAUAAGCGGGAGUGCAUAAACAUUGGGUGCGACGUUGACUUUGAUUUUGCCGGCCCGGCUAUCCACGGCUCGGCUGUCCUUGGCUACGAGGGCUGGCUAGCUGGUUGCCAAAUGACCUUUGACAGUGCCAAAUCCAAGUUGACGAGAAACAAUUUCUCUGUGGGUUACAAGACUGGGGACUUCCAGCUGCACACCAACGUCAAUGAUGGGUCGGAAUUUGGGGGCUCCAUUUACCAAAAAGUCAGCGACAACCUUGAGACUGCCGUAAAUCUCAACUGGACUGCAGGCAGCAACAGCACUCGGUUUGGAAUUGCAGCAAAGUACCAGCUGGAUUCUACCGCUUCAGUUUCGGCAAAAGUGAACAAUUCUAGUCUAGUUGGAGUUGGUUACACCCAGACCCUGAGGCCAGGUGUGAAGCUGACACUGUCCGCCCUGAUAGAUGGCAAGAACAUCAACGCCGGAGGUCAUAAACUUGGUCUCGGCCUGGAAUUAGAGGCUUAAGGGACUGGAGGCUGCCACAGAGAACGGGAUAUCGGAAGAAUAUGGCCUUAAAAAUUUAAUUCCAGUGUGACCCAGAGGUUCCCCCUCCCCCUUCCGUGGGGUGGCCUAGAACAAAGAGCGGUACUCGGCAUAUUUAGGCAGUUCUAGUUAGCUGGUUUUUAGUUAAAUUGGUUACCUACCUAGUUCUUAACGCUGCAUUAGUGCAGUCACCACACAAUACAUUAUUUAAAUGUAUUUAACUUGUUGAACGCGCUACCCACAAAUAAUGAAAUAGACUUUAUGAAAAACCUGUACAAAUGUGUGCAUGUUACGUUUCUUUUAACACGUGAUCUACCACCACUGGAAUAAGGAAAUGGAUCAGCGGAUGUUCUGAAAAGUGAGGUCAACAGGUUUUUUUGUUAAAAAUCACCUUAAUUAGAAAUACUUUUGGUAUCCCAGGGCAAUUCCGAAUUAUGAAUAAAACAAAUCC